CCUGUUUCGCUGCUUGAGAAAGCCGCGCCUCAGUGGUGUCAAGGGAAGCUACAAGCUCACCUCGUUGCACAAACUAAUCUGCUCCGAAAUCAGGCUGAAGAAGAGUUAGUAAAGGCUCAGAAAGUGUUUGAAGAGAUGAACGUUGAUCUGCAGGAGGAGCUGCCCUCACUAUGGAAUAGUCGUGUUGGUUUCUACGUCAACACAUUCCAGAGUAUAGCAGGCCUAGAAGAGAACUUCCAUAAAGAAAUGAGCAAGUUGAACCAAAACCUCCACGAUGUCCUGCUGGGUCUAGACAAGCAGUACUCAGGCAACGCCUUCCCUGUUAAAGCACAGCCCAGUGACAGCACCCCAGUGAAAGCAAAUAAAAGCCCCUCGCCUCCACCAGAUGGAUCUCCCAUCACCAGCCCUGAGACCAAGACUGUCAACCAUGAGCUGGAACCAUCCACUUUGGAAGCACCUGGGGCAAGCAUCCCAAAGUCACCAUCUCAGUUGAGGAAAGGGCCUCCGGUGCCUCCGCCUCCAAAAGUCACCCCCUCCAAGGAGAUCAAGCAGGAGAACAUCAUCAGUCUGUUUGAUGACAAUUUUGUGCCCGAGAUAAGUGUGACAACCCCGUCGCAGUUCGAUGUGCCUGGGCCCUUCCAGGAGGGAGCCAGCCUCUUGGAUCUGGAUUUUGAUCCCAUUAAACCAGAUGCCACUGUGGGGAAGACCCCCACACCUGCCUCUCAGUCUUUACCUUGGGAUUUAUGGGAGCCUGCGGAAGCAGCCCAUGCAGGAGCUGAAGCAGCUGGAUCAGAAGCAGCAGCUGGAGCUGAAGCAUCUAAAACUGAAGCUGACUCAGGAUCGAGCUCUCUGCCUGCUGUCGUUGUGGAAACUUUCCCUGCUACUGUCAAUGGUACCGUGGAAGGAGGCGCUUCGUCUGAAAGAGCUGAUAUGCCCCCAGGAUUUCUGUUCAAGGUCCAGGCCAUGCAUGAUUAUGCAGCCACUGACAGUGAUGAGCUGCAGCUGAAGGCUGGGGAUGUGGUGCUUGUGAUUCCAUUUGAGAACCCUGAGGAGCAGGACGAAGGAUGGCUGAUGGGUGUGAAGGAAUCUGACUGGAUCCAGCACAAGGAACUUGACCAAUGCCGAGGAGUUUUCCCAGAGAAUUUCACAGAGCGGGUGCAGUGAAAGCCCAAGCCCACCAGCUGCAUUUCUGCUGGAAGAAAGCAAGUUUUCUGGGUAGAUAAUUGAAAAAGAACAGCAAAAUGAAAAGAGAAUUUUAAAGGAACGGAAGCCUGAAAAAAAAUGUCAGCUUUAAGGGUGUGUUCUUCUCAAAGGGCAAGGUUUCAGAAGUAAAUUGAAAUUCAAAGUGUUAUCAAAAUAUAUACAUGUUAAUAAUAAUAAGGCAAGUCAAAUACCCUCUUCCCCCUUUAGUUUUAACAGCAUUUGGAUUCAGAGGACUGAUGCAGAAGCAGCUCAGUGUAGUUCUCUAAAUACUGCAUUGACUGAAUAUGCGAGAUGUCAGUCUGAUCCCUGGAAAGGCAGUAUUUGUCUAACAGCUUGAGAGUAGAAGCUGCAUUUGCUCUUGGGUGGGUUCAUCUGUUUUGUCUUGAAGGUGGCUUGCAUGGCAACCGUAAAAAUUCAGCCUUCUCUACAUGUUCAACCUACAAUAGGCCAAACUUUCUGUUAUGCUGUUGAAAAAAAUAUUUAGCGUAUAGUGUUCACCAAUACAAUUGUGUGUGUGCGUGUGUGUAUUUUAUUUUCUUCCUUUAAAACAAUGUUACACAGACUGUGAUUUUGUACAUGUAAGGACAGAAGAAACU